CUCAUGUAAUGAAUGAAACUGUCAGCUGUCAAAUUCAUUAAGCUUAAAAAUGUCAAAAUGGUCGCAUUCAACUCGUGAUAGAGAACGGGAACGCCGUAGAUAUUCUCGAAGCCGUUCGCGCUCUCCCAACCGGGAACGCAAACGCAACGACGACUACGACCGGCCUCGCGAUGACGCGAAACGCCCUCACACUCGAGACACCAGAAAACGUGAAGAAACCAAAAGACGCCGGCAUUCACCGCCGCCAAGGCCAAGAGACAAUGAUGGAUUUAGAAGUCGAGGAAGUGUAAACCAUCAGGAAUCUUCUCGGGACCGUGAUCGGGACCGCGAGCGUGACCGUGAACGGGAGCGUGAACGAGAUCGUGACCGCCACCGUGACAGAGACCGUCAAAAGGAGAGAGAUCGCCCUGAACGCUCCAACACGUCCCCGGCAAAGGAGAAAGUGUUGGAGAAAGUCAAAGUUGAAGUGGAAACUAAGGAAAGUCCCGAAAAAGAGAUCGACAAGGAAGAGGAACAGCGUCAAUUGGAGCUGGAAAUGAUAAAGCGUCGUGAGCGCAUCGAAUGUUGGCGUGCAGAGCGCAAACUCAAGGAACUAGAAGCCAACAAGAAAGACAUCAAAAACCUCAUAAUCCCAACGCAAGCAAAUUCCAAGAAAUGGAGUCUCGAGGACGAGUCAGACGACGAAGAAGACAAAGACACCAAGGACAUCAAAGAAAUAAAGCCUCUGGUUCCCAUAGCCGAGGAAGAACCAAAGCCCAAAGAAGAAGAAGGUGAAGCAGCAGCAAAUGAAGAAACCGUGAAGAAGGAAGAGGAAACCAAUGACGACAUCGAUCCAUUGGACGCCUACAUGCAAGAGGUGGCCAAGGAGGUGCGAAAGAUCAACAACAUCGUCAAUCCCCCAACCACAGACAGCUCGGGGGUUCUGAUUAUGACGGGAAUGGUGAAGAAGACAAAUCAAGACAACAGCGCCAACAAAGGCGAGCUCAUCGAACAGAAUCAGGACAGUCUGGAUUACUCCAGCGACGAUGACCUGGAGAACAUCAAGGACACAGCUGCCAAUUUGGCAAACAAGCAUAAGAAGGAACUGGCCAAAAUCAACCACGCCGACGUCGACUAUGCUCCGUUCAGGAAGAACUUCUACGUCGAGGUCCCGGAAUUGGCCAAGAUGAAGUCACACGAAGUCGAGAAAUACCGAGUGGAGUUGGAAGGCAUUCAAGUUAAGGGCAAAGGAUGUCCCAAGCCCAUUAAGACUUGGGCCCAAUGCGGAGUGAGUAAGAAGGAAAUGGACGUCCUACGGAAGCUGAACUUCGAGAAACCCACUCCCAUUCAGUGUCAAGCCAUUCCGGCAAUCAUGAGUGGUCGAGACUUGAUUGGAAUCGCGAAGACUGGAAGUGGCAAGACUUUGGCUUUCAUACUUCCCAUGUUCCGACACAUCCUCGACCAACCGCGGAUGGAGGACGGAGAUGGCCCCAUCUCGAUCAUCAUGGCGCCAACUCGAGAGCUGUGUAUGCAAAUUGGCAAGGAUAUCAAGCGCUUCUCGAAGGCGCUGAAUCUCCGAGCUGUGUGCGUCUACGGAGGGACAGGAAUCUCCGAGCAAAUCGCUGAACUGAAGCGAGGCGCUGAAAUAAUCGUGUGCACUCCAGGACGGAUGAUUGACAUGUUGGCGGCUAACUCGGGUCGUGUGACCAACCUUCGGAGAGUUACAUACAUCGUUCUGGACGAGGCCGAUCGGAUGUUUGACAUGGGUUUCGAGCCACAAGUGAUGCGGAUCAUCGACAACGUGCGUCCAGAUAGACAGACGGUGAUGUUCAGUGCCACAUUCCCGCGUCAAAUGGAAGCCCUGGCCAGAAGGAUCCUCAAGAAACCCAUUGAGGUGAUUGUGGGAGGUCGUUCGGUGGUGUGCAAAGACGUCGAACAGAACGUGGCUAUUCUGGAGGACGAUGCGAAGUUCUUCAAGUUGCUGGAGCUGUUGGGAGUGUAUCAGGAGCAGGGGAGUAUUAUUGUAUUCGUGGACAAACAGGAAAACGCCGACAUUGUGCUUAAAGACCUCAUGAAGGCCUCCUACCCGUGCAUGAGUCUUCACGGUGGCAUUGACCAAUUCGAUCGUGAUUCGACUAUUCUUGACUUCAAAUCGGGAAAAGUUCGGCUUCUGAUUGCCACUUCUGUCGCUGCUAGAGGUCUUGACGUUAAGGACCUGAUUCUAGUCAUUAACUAUGAUUGCCCCAAUCACUACGAGGAUUAUGUCCACAGGUGUGGACGGACAGGAAGGGCGGGAAAUAAAGGAAAAGCUUGGACAUUCUUAACGCCAGAGCAAGGUCGCUAUGCUGGGGACAUCAUUCGAGCAUUGGAACUUUCAGAAACCCCAGUUCCAGAGGAUUUGAAGAAGCUCUGGGAGGAUUAUAAGAGUUCCCAGGAAGCCGAGGGCAAGAAGGUGCACAGUGGAGGUGGAUUCAGUGGCAAGGGCUUCAAGUUCGACGAACAAGAGGCGAACGCUGCCAAAGAGAGCAAGAAACUCCAGAAAGCCGCUCUUGGUUUGGCUGAUUCUGACGACGAUGAGGACAUCGAGCAAGACAUCGAUCAACAGAUCGAGCAGUUGUUUGCAGCCAAGCGCAACGUCAAGGAGACGUCUGUGGCUCCUGUCAUUUCAGUUCCAGCUGCGGCCACAACAACAAUAGCAACAGGCGCUGCUGCUUCAUUGGGAAUGCCUCCUAGCACCAACACAAGCACCACCGCUAGCACUGCAACUGCUAUGUCCAUUGCAGCUGCAGGUGGUUCCGACAAAUUGGAGCUUGCCAAGAAACUUGCCUCCAAGAUCAACACAGCCAGGAAUCUGACGAGUGAUGUAAAACCUGCUGCAUUGCAGCAAGCAGCUAACGAGCUCAUCAUGAAAGGCUCCCAGUCCCAGCCGAUGAUCACAGCUCGCACAGUGGUGGAGCAGUUAGCCGCCAAACUCAACAACAAGCUCAACUACCAGCCCAAGGACGACGAAGAGGGUCUGUCGCCAUUGCAACAAUCCUGCUUUACCAAAUACGAAGAGGAAUUGGAAAUCAAUGAUUUCCCACAACAAGCCAGAUGGAAGGUCACCUCCAAGGAGGCACUCGCCCAGAUUUCCGAGUACUCUGAGGCUGGUCUGACUGUCCGUGGUACAUACGUCCCAACAGGGAAGAAUCCACCCGAAGGGGAGCGAAAGCUGUACCUGGCCAUCGAGAGUUGCAGUGAAAUGUCGGUGCAGAAGGCAAAGCGAGAAAUUACGAGAUUGAUAAAGGAAGAACUUCUCAAGCUCAGUUCAGCGCAUCACGUCUUCAACAAGGGACGUUACAAGGUCGUGUAAAAAAGAAGAGAGGCUUGAGAGAGGAGAUCUGGUUUACUUUUACUUUGAACUCGUUUAGGAGGAGUCUUAUUUGAUAAUAAUUUUUUGUGUAGAAACUGAAACUCAUGUAAGAGUAAUAGAAAUUUAAUAAAAGAAAACAAAACAAGCGAGAAAAAGAG